CGGAAAAACACACCCGUCUCUAUUCUCGUUGUUGAUCGAAAAUUCUUAUUUUCAAUUUUUUUUAUCUUUAUCGUUUUCUUUACUGCAUCAAAAUGAAUAAAGCAUUGAAGAUUUAUGUUUAAUUUUACUUUUGGCCGUUUGUUUUUUUGAAUAUCCGCAGCAGUUAACUGUCUUUCAAGAAACGAGAACAUUUCAUAAAUAGAAAUUCCAAUAUGGUGAAGUAUCUAUGGCUUAUUUUUUGCUGUUUUGCAAGCUUUGUUGCUGUUCGAAUUGAGUUUAAUGCCCCCAUCAAAGGUUUACAGCGAUUUAUAAUUGAUUAUAAAAGUGGAGAUCUUUUUGUCAGUGGUGAUAGUUAUCUUUAUAAGUUAAAUAGCAAUUUAACAGAGAUUACCAAGAUAAAUAUAUCUCGUCAAAAUCCAACAACAGGCGAAACAAACAAUGAUACAAUUUUAUUGCUAUUUGAAGAGCUAGAAGGAUUAAGAAGAUUAUUGGUUUGUUGGAAAUUGACCUAUAGUAUCUGUGCAUCUCUUAAUUUGAAUUUGAGCUCAUUGACCAUUCUUAGUGCAGCGGAGUCCAGUUUGUCAGUCUUGCCUGGACAAACCAAUGCUGCUAUUGUUGAUGAUGAAAAUGAUGGAAUUCUGAUUGCUCGCACUGUUGAUAGUGGUAAUGAUCUUAUUUUCCUUUCAUAUGCACGAUGUAAUGGUGGAGUUAAUUCAAAAUGCUUGGCUCAAACUUCAUCUGUACUAUCCUUGUCUGGUCGCACAUCAAAGAUUUAUUAUGUCAUUGCUGCACAUGUUGGGAAAUAUCGAUAUUUUUUUAGUUAUAAUUUUCCAGAUCGAAGUAAUAUUGCCAGAAGUAAUAUUGCCAGACUUUGUACAAAUUAUAAGCAAGUGUCUGAAAUCAAGACUUACAUUGAAACGCCAAUGCGUUGUUUUGAUAAAGAUGGAGAAAAUUAUAGUUUAUUGAAGACAGCAAAUAUUGUAUAUUUGAAUGGAAAUUUUGCAAAAAGCUUUGGAAGUCAUGAUGGUGGAGCUAUGUUGAUUGGUGUCUUUCAAAAAUCUCGUCAUUCCUCACAAUAUGCUGUGUGCACCUACUCAUUUGAUGCCAUUGAGGGUGCUUUUAAUAAGAGUAUAGAAGCAUGUUUUGGAAAUGGAACAGGAGUUUUAAACACAUAUGUAAAGCCUAGUUCAAGAUGUAAAGCAGAAUUUCCACCCAAUGCCUGCUUUGCUGGUACACGAAAUGAGCAAAUGACUGGACAACAUAGUUGUAGCAGUGAAGCUCAGGUUACAUGUGAUGAUUGUGGUCACAUAAAUUCAGUUACAACAACGUUUUAUCGCAAUGAUAUGAUUCUAUUUCUUUCUGCGGAUGAUGGUAGAUUAUCAAAGUUCAUUUUGCAUUCUUAUUCAUCUGGUAGAAGAUACAGUACAUCAUAUCCUGUUGAUGGAUCUGGUAUUUUAUCUGUUAAGUUUGAUUUAUCUGGAAAAUAUGCCUACUUGCUUUCACCAGAGAAGAUAUUAAAGUUGCCUGCUGAAGAAUGUGGCUCUAGAACAACUUGUGAUAAUUGUGUUAAAGAUGGUGAUCCUUAUUGUGGCUGGUGCUCUUUAACUGCAAGCUGUACAACGUAUGAUAAAUGUCCCUAUUAUGAAUCACCACUUGGUUUUGUGCGACAUUCAAAUAAUUGUAUAAACAUCACAGAUCUUAAACCUCGUUCACUUCCCAUUAGUAAAACCACUGUUCAAAAGGUAAACAUAUCAAUUGUAAAUUUGCCUCCAAGGAACAACACAAAAGAUUAUGGAUGUUCUGUAAACAAUGUGCAAUUAACCUCUUAUCUUUAUGGUAAUGUAAUGGAGUGCUCUGUUCCAACAUCUGAUUAUCUUACAGAACCUAGUUCACUUACAGGUCUUGCAGAAGCUGUAGUCGCAGUAAUUUUCAAUGUUACGAAAGCAAAGAUUGCUAGUAUCAAAUUACAACUGUUUAAUUGUUCCUCGAUUAGAAACUGUUCAAAGUGCACAACCGGUCCAUUAAAGUGCACAUGGUGUCAUUAUAUUGACCUAUGUACGGGUUAUUCAGAAGUCACGUGUCCUCAGUCCAACUCGACAUGGGUAGGAGAAAAAAAAGAGCAUGAAUGUCCUUCAUUGAAUCAACAAACGAUAUAUAUUCCUGCCGAUAUAAAGAGAAAUAUUACGUUGACUGGAAAGAAGUUACCCAAGUCUGAGUCACCAGCUGGUGAAUAUAAAUGUAAACUAAGUUUUAGUCGUGGACAUUCAUAUGAAGUUGCAGCUUUGUGGAACAAUGAUACUAGCAUCUCAUGUGCAGCUGAAGAGUAUAACUUUUCUUCGACUAAUGAAGAACAAGCAGCUGAGAUUUCAAUCACUUUAGGAAAAAGUGUCAUUCUCCGGUCUGAAAAUAAAGAAGUGAAAGUGUUCAUCUACCGUUGUCAAAAAGCAGCAGUUCAGUGUGGAAGUUGCGUUGUAGCAAAAAAGGAAUACGUUUGUGGAUGGUGUAAAAAUUAUUCUUUUUGCUCAGUAAAAGAUGCUUGCUCUUCAGGGGCCUGGAUUAAACCUCGAGGAAUUUGCCCAGAAGUCCCAGAGAUUGAUGGGUUUGAACCAAAAACUGGCCAUAUAAAUGGAGGAAUGAAUCUGACAAUAAAAGGAAAAGAAUUUGGUGGAGUGGUUUCAGAUGUAAAAGAGGUUUCUAUUGGUGAUAUCAAUUGCACGAUAAUCGAGUAUAUCGUCGGCGAAAGGCAAGGUUUUUUUCAAAGGAUUGUUUGUAUUACUGGCAACUCCAGUAAAUCUUUGUCUGCAAAAGUUAAAGUUAAAGUUCAUGGAAAUGUUGGAUAUUCAAAAGAUAAAUUUCAUUAUCAAAAGCCUCGAAUCACGAGUUUUAAACCGAAGAUCGGUCCAGUUUCUGGAGGAACAAAUGUUACAAUAUUUGGUCAACAACUAGAUACUGGAAACAACAUAACAGUGUCAUUCAGUGGAUUGCCAUGUUUGCAAUUAAUAUUUACUAAAAUCAAUAUGACCUGCACAACAUCUCAGACUGAAGAGGACAACAAAAAAAGAAGAAAAAGAUCUGUUUCAAGUAAUCUUGAAGUAAAAUUUAAUGGUCAGCCUCCUGAGUAUAACAGUACUCUUGGAUCCUUUCAAUAUGUUCCCGAUCCAAAUAUUACUGAUAUUACGCCACAUGUGACAUAUCCAAGCUCUAAUCGUAAAAUCAAUGUGACGGGUACGAAUUUGAAUGCCAUUUAUUUUCCCAAAGUCUUGUUGACGUCUGAUGAUAACUCAACUCGUGCACAAACAGAGUGCAGGGUGAAGAGUUUUAGCGUUAUAUUGUGUUCAUUACAAGCUGAGGGAAUAAAAGAAGAAUUAAAAUUCAGAGUUUCCGUUCAUUUGGAUGGGGUUAAAAAAUGGAACAAUCUUGAUGAAUAUCCAAAUUUUAACACACUUGUUUUGGUUCCUGAUCCAGAAAUAGAGAAGUUUCCAGAUUUUAUGCACAUUUUAAAGACGCAGACGCUUGAGAUAAAGGGCAAAAAUCUUGAUCACGUGGAUUAUAAAGAUUUGUUUGAAUUUAUCAUCACUGUUGGUGGUCAGAAAUGUAAUAUCACCAGUGUUUCGAAGAAUGUAUUGUUUUGUACUGCUCCUUAUCGUGAAUCUUUGUCAGAAUCUAAUAGUUAUACAGUUUUGGUAAACGUAUCUUUGAGUAACCUUAAUUUUGUUGUUGGUAAUUUAAAGUAUGACAUUGAAAGCCAAGGAGGAAAAUCUACAGACUUAAACUUAAUUUACAUCAUUGUUGGUGUUGGUUGUGGUUUGUUGAUCAUUGUCAUUUUAUUUGCUUGUUGUCUCUAUCGACGCAAAAAACGACAACAAGAAAAAAAAGAAAGAACAUAUGAAAUGCAAAUGAAUAGUUUGGAAUCAAAAGUUGCUAAAGAAUGUCGGGAAGCAUUUGCUGAGUUACAAACAGAUAUGACUGACUUUACUAGUGAUCUUGGUGAUGAUAACAUUCAUUUUUUUGAUUUUAAAAACUAUGCCAUGCGAGUUCUUUUUCCUGGUAUUCAUCAUCAUCCUGUUAUGGCUGAGAAAAUGGUUCAAGAAAGUCCAAAAUGGGAUGAAGCUCUUCGUACUUUCUCGCAGUUGAUCGGCAACAAAAACUUUCUUUUGGUAUUUGUAAAGACCUUGGAAAGUCAAGCACAAUUUAAAAUGCAAGAUAGAUGCAACGUUGCUUCUCUUUUGGUUAUUGCUCUUCAGAGUAAAAUGGAUUAUUGCACCGAUAUUCUUCAACAUCUCAUGGCAGAACUAAUACGAAAGUCAAUAUCAAAAAGUCAUCCUAAGCUUUUGUUGAGAAGAACUGAAUGCAUUGCAGAGAAGUUAUUGACAAAUUGGCUAACGUUUACAUUAUCACAUUACAUAAAGGAAAAUGCUGGUAGACCCCUCUUUAUGUUGUAUAAAGCUAUACGAUUUCAAAUUGAAAAAGGUCCUGUUGACGUAAUAACACACGAGGCACGUUAUUCACUCAGCGAGGAUAAAUUAUUACGACAAAGUGUUGAUUACAAUAAACUUACUGUUACUGUGGAAUUUGAGGACAACCCCCCCGUUCAAGUCGACGUUCUCGAUAUUGACACUAUUGAUCAAGCUAAAGAAAAAAUAAUGGAAGUUAUAUUUAAGAAUACACCGUUUUCAUGUCGUAUUCCCAAAGAUGAGUUGACCUUAAAAUGGGUCGAAAGUCCGUCUAAUCACACCAUACUGAAAGAUGAUGAUGCGAGCAGUUUACGUGAAGGAGAAUGGAAACGACUUAAUACACUCGCUCAUUACCAAGUUCCUGAUGGUACAUGUUUAUGUCUUGUAAGACGGUUCGCAUCAGGAUUUGAUUUUAGUGAGGUACAAAAUGUGAGUUUACCUAAAGUAUCAUACAGUCCAUCAGUUCACAGCACAGCAUCGUUGGUUACAAGCAGUAAACCUCAUAUUAAUGAUGAAGAUAGAAAACCUUGGCAUUUGACGAAACAUGUAGACUCCUUCGUACAAGAAAAAGAAGAUCCAAGACACAGCAAAAUGUUGUCAGAAAUUUAUCUCACAAGACUGUUAAGUACAAAGGGAACACUUCAACAAUAUGUUGAUGAUAUGUUUGAUUGUAUUUUCCCGACGUUAAAGAAAAACGAGCAAGCACCUUUACCUAUCAAGUUUCUCUUUGAUUUUCUUGAUGAUCAAGCAAAAGAGUUAAAUAUUACUGAUCCCGAAGUCUUGCAUACGUGGAAAAAUAACAGCUUACCACUUAGAUUCUGGGUUAAUCUUAUUAAAAAUCCAAACUUCUUGUUCGAUGUUUACAAAGCGCCUAUUGUUGACUCGUGUUUGAGUGUUAUUGCACAAGUUUUCAUGGAUGCGUGUUCUGUUUCGGAACAUGUUCUUGGCAAGGAUUCACCAUCAAAUAAGCUUCUUUAUGCUAAAGAAAUUCCUGCUUACAAACAAAAAGUAGAGAGUUUCUAUUUUGAUGUUGCCAACUCACCAAAGUUAAUGAUGAGGAAAUCAAUGAAUUUUUUUCUUCUGGUUUUUCCACAGCAUUACAUCGAAGAUUUCAACGUGGAUAAUGCAUUGAAAGAGCUUUAUAAUUAUGCAGCUAAAUAUCUCGAUGAGCUUCAAGAAGCUUUAGAAGAAGCACGCUUUCCUCAACUUGCUAGCAAACUCCAACAUCUUGUCGCUAUAUUUUCCGAUGACUGAUAUUAUUACUUAUUUUAUUCUGUGAAGUAUGACAAUUCUGGUAAAUGCUAUUUAUAAAGUGUUGAAGAUUCGAUUUCUACAUUUGUGAUGCGAAUUUCUUCAGUUUUCACUAUGUUAUACUUACCGUGGUAGUUACAGACUAAACUUCUUUUUAACCUUGCAAGAUUUGUGUAAAUUAUUUAGUGCAUUAAGAUAGUUUGAAAUAUCAAACUUAUAAAAAGAAGUCAAAUUUGUGCGUAAGAUUUUGUGGUAUCUAUUUUCCAUUGACUUCUAUAAUUAAGUUGUAUCCCUAGAUAUAUCCUGUAUUGUAUAAUAUUAUUUCGUUUAUUAUUUGCAUUAUUAGUGGAAUUUUUGGUACUUGCAA